UGCUGAACUGAGUCACGGGUCACAUCAGUAACAACUUUUAGUUUUCUUGUCCGGGAUCUUAUUUUCUCCUAGGAUAUUGUUUCUCAGAUUGUGUCGACAGUCUUCUGACUUCAGCUCUUUGCUGCGUGCCACCUGCACAAAUGGGUGUCACGGCGAGUAAAGAAACGGCGUUACGUACGAACGAAGAAUACUGCAGCUACGAUUUGUGAACUGAUUUAGGACUUUUGGUUAAACACAUUUCACUCGCCUUUGGCCGUGUCCGUGCUGAAUCAUUUUCUAUGUAACUCAGGCAUGGUACGUAACAGUUAACAUUGAUUUCAAACACGCAAUUUCGAUUUUUUUUACUAACCUCUCGUUUAUGUAACAAUGUAUUAAUUCGAAUGCAGCAUUAUUAUUUUUUUUUCUUUUUUGCAAGCAAUCCACUUGAUGCUGCUUCUCAAAAGCUUAUCCGCCGACGCUGUCGGCAGAGUUCAAGUCAAACCUGCAUGUCUGAAUAUCACAAAAUGAAGGGGGGGUUAGUAACGUUCGCACAGCUGCAAGACCGACAGCUGUCAGUUAUCGAGGUUACUCGUUAUCCCCGUUCCUCGUUUUUUCAGCGAAUUCUUCCUUCUCUUUGACGAGUGAUGAAUGUUCUCUUGGUGGAAAUAAACUGUGCGAGCGAGAAGGGCCGCGUGCAGACGUUCGUAAUUUCCGAUGAAUCGCUCGUUUUCGUAAAUCGCUAUAAUGUGCACUCUUGAGAUGCAUUGCCCGCGAAAAGCAAAAUACGGACUGGAGAAGUGAACUGCGUCUUCUGUUUGCCCUUGCAGGUUUCUCGCAACCUCCAAGUUCCAGCCCACGUACGCGCGGCGGGCUUUCCCGUGCUUCGACGAGCCCAACUUCAAGUCGAGGUUCAACGUCACCAUUAUACACGACAGCAACCACAUGGCAUUGUCCAACAUGCCCGUCCUCAAUGGCUACCCUAUUACUCGUGAAGGCGGAAAAGUGGUGACUAAGUUCGAGGAAUCCGUGCCCAUGGUGACUUACUUGGUCUGCUUCAUCGUGUGUGAUUUUGAGAGGGUGCAGACUACAGCGUCCGUGGACCAGAUACCGUUCUCCGUGUACGCUGCUCCUAACCAGCUCAACAAAACUUACUACGCUCUCGACAUCGGUUCGAGGAUACUCAGUUUCUACGAGAAAUACUUCGGCCUGAAGUACCCUCUGCCGAAGCAAGACAUGAUCGCCAUUCCGGACUUUGUGUCUGGGGCGAUGGAGCAUUGGGGCCUCAUCACCUUCCGAGAAGUGAACCUCCUGUACGACCCAAAAAAGUCCAGUCCUCGGAACAAACAGCGAGUGGCAGCUGUCAUAGCUCACGAGCUCGCACAUCAGUGGUUUGGAAACCUCGUGACCAUGAGGUGGUGGGACGACCUAUGGCUGAACGAAGGCUUCGCAAGUUACAUAGAGUACAAAGGCAUCGACCACGUUGAACCGCAAUGGGACAUGAUGAACCAGUUUUUGACGGAGGACCUGCAACCUGUAAUGGACUUGGACUCGACCACCACUUCGCACCCAGUGGUUCAGAGCGUCAGUCACCCGGAUGAGAUCACAGAGAUCUUCGACACGAUUUCCUACAACAAGGGUGCAUCCGUGCUUCGAAUGCUCGAGAACUUCCUUGGACCUUCGGUAUUUCAGAGGGGCGUAUCGUCAUUUUUGUGGAACCACCAGUUCGGAAACGCCAAAACGGAAGAUCUGUGGGCAGAACUUUCCGAAGCCGCCGGCAAUACGCUGCCAGCGGGCUACAACGUGUCAACGAUCAUGGACACGUGGACGCGCCAGAUGGGAUACCCGGUGGUGACCAUCAGCCGCAGCGCCGACGACCCGACGCUCAUACGAGUCGUCCAGGAGCGCUUCCUACGCAACAACCAGCACCAUCGAAACGAAUCCGACAUCUCUCCCUACGGGUACAAGUGGAGCAUACCUCUCAGCUACAAGACUUCGGCAGCGAAAAAUAAAGUCAAGCAGAUCUGGCUUCACGACGAACAAGAUGAAUUCCACAUUUACGACGCUGGACAGCACGGCUGGGUUAAAUUCAACGUCAACCAGACCGGCUACUACCUUGUCAAUUACGACCCAACUGAUUGGCAGCGACUCGGAGAGGUUCUUCAAAAGCACCACGAAGAGCUGACACCUGCGGACAGGUCAAACUUGCUGUAUGACGCCUUCCAACUAGCUUGGUCCAACCGCCUGUCCUAUGAUGUUCUUUUCAACAUGACUCAGUACUUAAUCCAUGAGAUGCACCUCAUACCAUGGUCCACAGCUCAUGGAUCUCUACUUGCGCUGACGCAUCUCCUUGAAAACACCGAGGUCCGACGACCCAUGCAGGCAAGUGUAAUUUCGCAGCUAUUCGACAGAUAUAUGCGAGUGAGUGGUAUUUUCUGA